AGCCCAGGAAUCCUGCGGGAGGCGGGAUCCCUCCUGAGGAACUACGGCUCCCAUGAGGCGUUGCGCCCGCGCAGGCGCGGGGGAGUCGCCGCGACGGGACCUGAUUGGCUGGCCAACGCGGAGCCGGGAGCUCUGAUUGGCUGAGGGUUCUGAGGCGACAGAUUCCGGAAAGGGGGAGAGCAGCCAAUAUGGCGGCAGAGCGAGGCGCCGGGCAGCAACAGUCGCAGGAGAUGAUGGAGGUUGACAGGCGGGUGGAAUCCGAAGAAUCGGGUGAUGAGGAAGGAAAGAAGCGCAGCAGCGGCCUUGUGGCAGACCUCAGCGAGCAGAGCCUGAAGGACAGAGCAGAGCGUGGCGAGGAGGACCCAGAAGAGGAACAUGAGCUGGCUGUGGAUAUGGAAACCAUUAGCCUGGACCGAGAUGCAGAGGAUGUUGAUCUGAAUCACUAUCGCAUUGGAAAAAUUGAAGGCUUCGAGGUGCUGAAGAAGGUGAAGACUCUGUGCCUUCGUCAGAAUUUAAUUAAAUGCAUUGAGAACCUGGAAGAACUGCAGAGUCUUCGUGAGUUGGAUCUGUAUGACAAUCAGAUCAAGAAGAUCGAGAACCUGGAGGCACUGACACAGUUGGAGAUUCUAGAUAUUUCUUUUAAUCUACUAAGAAACAUUGAAGGGAUUGACAAAUUGACACGGCUGAAAAAACUCUUCUUGGUCAACAAUAAAAUCAAUAAAAUUGAGAAUAUAAGCAACUUACACCAACUGCAGAUGCUGGAGCUGGGGUCUAACCGCAUCCGGGCAAUCGAAAAUAUCGACACAUUAACCAACCUGGAGAGUUUGUUUUUGGGGAAAAACAAAAUCACUAAACUUCAGAACCUGGAUGCACUUACCAACCUGACCGUCCUCAGUAUGCAGAGCAACCGGCUGACGAAGAUCGAGGGCCUGCACAGCCUGGUGAACCUGCGGGAGCUGUACCUGAGCCACAAUGGCAUCGAGGUCAUCGAGGGCCUGGAGAACAACAACAAACUUACGAUGUUGGACAUUGCAUCAAAUAGAAUCAAGAAGAUCGAAAAUAUCAGCCAUCUAACAGAGCUGCAAGAAUUCUGGAUGAAUGACAACCUCCUGGAGAGCUGGAGUGACCUCGAGGAGCUGAAGGGCGCCCACAGCCUGGAGACCGUGUACCUGGAGCGCAACCCCCUGCAGAAGGACCCGCAGUACCGGCGGAAGGUCAUGCUGGCCCUGCCCUCCGUGCGGCAGAUCGAUGCCACGUUCGUCAGGUUCUGAGUCACCCUGCUCCUCACCUGGUCCCUCUCCUCGGAAGAAUGUCCCAGCCACGGUUUUCUAAUCCACCUGUUGCUCCUGAAGGCGUCACUACACCAACAGUCACAACCCAAUGGCAAUAAAAAGGCCCUGGUGGUGGCCGCGUGUCUGAUGCUGCGCACCUGGAGACGCCAGUGCCAUUAAAUCCCGCCACAAGGUCCCGAGAGGGAGCGCACACCUUCUUGCGCUCCCACAGCUCCACCUCGUGGUGCAGCUCGGGGCCUGAGGGUGCCCUGAGGAUGUCCAUGCUGCCCUGCCCCGGUGGGUGCAGGGCAUCCUAAUAGAGGGCUCACGCAGCCCUGGCCUGCAGCAGCCAUGACCACCUCUUUCAGACGGGUCCAUGCCAAUUUUGAAAAAAUCAUAUAUAUUAAAAACAAAACAGGUGUGGACAGGAGGUGGUCCAGCCCCGUGUGCCCCUCAGUGCUCUGGCCUGGAGCCACAGCUGUUGCACAGCAUGCCCUGGCAGCCUGCGCACAUGCUCCUCACCACCUGUGGGAGGAGUGGAGGUGUGCAGCGGCGCCCCCCAGAGGCAGGCUGUCAGCAGAGCAUGAGCUCUUCUCCAAGGGCCAGACUCCUGACCUGCUCGUGUGGCCUCCAUUCCUACCCGCUAUCGCCUUGGCUUCUUUAAAUAUGAAAUUGACAUCAACAGACCUAAAUUUAAUGCUUGGAGGGCAUUGUCCCCCUCAGGGCCCCUCGUUUCCCCUGAAAGACAUGGUCAACAGAGGUACCUUUUUCUCCCAGACUCUAGAGCUGCACUGUCCAGUGUGGGGCCACUCACUGCCACCCGUGGCUUUCUCAGUUCAAAUUCAUUAAAAAUGAAUUAACAAUUAGCUCCUCGUUUGCACUCACACACCCCGGGUGCUCAGCAGCCACAUGUUUCUGGGGGCACCCUGUUUCCGUCAUCACAGAAGACCCUGGGCAGUGCUGCUCUAGAUUCUGCCCAGCGUCACGGGGACAGACUGCCCUGGGAGCUGGGGAGAGUGAGCUGGCGCAUCCGAGCUGACUCCCUGAUCAGCUACCAAGGAGGCUGCAGAUGUCAGAAUGGUUGGCCUGGAACUGAAUGUCCGUUUCCCGGUUCUGAUCCUCACCAAAAUAAAGUGUGUGACCUGA